AACGGGGAGGCCAACACAAGUCCAAACGCCUCGGGUGGAAGCGGCAAAAGGAGCGAGCGACGGGCGUCCUCCUUCCCCCCGGCUUUUCUCCUUCGCGGCUUUCGCUUCCUCUCUCUCUCUCUCUCUCUCUUCCGCACCUAGGGUUUCGGUUCGCCCUUUGCUCUCCCGGCGGCGCCCCCGGUCGCGGAGUGAUGAUGAGUACUAUAAUCGCCAUUAUGUCGCUCUCUCGAUCGAUCUCUUGCUCAUUGUGUCGGAAUUUGAUGGGCGGUUUCGAUUUUUGUUCUCUCGUUUGCUUCGUUGUUAGAUUGGUUCGGCUGACCGUACAUUAUUGGCAUCCGAAGAAUGAGAGAUAUACGAUCUUGAAGGUUUAGGAGCAUAGGGAAAGGCACUACCGCAGCCUCAUGCAACUGAAGAUUGUGGGGCAUCAUAUCGACUUUUCUGAAACGAUUAUGAGUCUCAGACGUAGAACCAGGGUUGUAUUUGAUACCUCUUUCUUGAGGUCUUAUCGCCACCUGGCUUGCUCAAAGCUGUAACCCUUGGUUUCUCAACCAAUGGAUCGGUGGACCGGAUGUUUUAAGGUCUCCCUCAAUCCGACCAAAGCUGGCUCCUGUUUAAAGGUUGCUGCUUCACUCAUGUUCUCACCAUCCUCCAGAACCCUUUUGAUGCCUUCUGUGAAUGCCAUCUUAUUUAACGGUGAUAAGGUCCAAGGAACUGGGAAUUCUGUGAUUGAGAGGUUAUCAGAUUCAAGGAAUAUAUCUGAAUUGCUUGUGUCGAAACUGGGGUGUUCAGCCAAUGUUUGGGUAGUGGAGGCAUCUACAUUUAAUGGACCUUUUGCCGUAUACAAGGAGUUCAUACCAUCAUUGACUUCUCGAGGUGAUCCAAAACGGUAUGACCCUAAUGGAUUUCCAGCUUCGUCUGCAAUUGUUGCAAUCUUAUCCAGGUGUUUUGAACAGGUGCCAAGCUUGACAUCAAGCAACCUGGUGGAACAAACAAAAGGAAAUGUAGAUGCACCUACGUUGUUGCCAACCCCUUUCCCUAAAACAAUAAUUCUGGGUUUCAGCAAAGGUGGGACUGUGGUCAACCAGCUUGUGACUGAAUUUGCUCACUUGAAGGCUUCACCCCAGAUAUUUGAUAGGAGGCAAGAUCACCUCUAUCCCAUAUCCGAGGAUGAUCUGUUGUUCAGCAUCUCUGAGUUCCAUUAUGUUGAUGUCGGAUUGAAUAGUGCUGGAGCAUAUUUGACUGAUCGGACUGUUAUUAAGAAGGUUGCUGAGCUUUUAUUGGUUCACAAUGCUAGUGUUCGUUUUGUUCUUCAUGGUACUCCAAGGCAGUGGUUUGAUCGUCACAGGCCAUGGAUUCGUAAGGAGAAAGAUAUUAUGCUGCAAUUGCUUAAAGAUGAAGCUCAUAGAUGUGAAGGAAAACUUCAGGCAACCGAAAGAUUCUAUUUUGCCAAUAAUCUGCCCAGUUUGCAAAUGCAUUUUGAGAUAAUUCAAGUGAUGGAUUUAAGUUAACGUUCUGCAGUUUUGCUUGCGACCUAGCAUAAGGUCAUCCUUUUUUACAUUUCUUUUAUCGAAUAGAUCUCCCAACUAAAAUUCAGAUUUUUUUUUUUUAAAUUGUUUGCAGUUUAUACAAUUUUUUUUCUAAUGUUAAUAGGCACAUUAGUUUAUGUGAAUUAUUGCUUUUCCUAACUCAUUUGCUAUUCUGGCCAAAUAAUUCAAAGUUCUGUUGUAUGUACCAUACCAUGAAUAUCACAUCUAAUCUUUUAAAAUUUGAAAGUUAUUGCUAGCUUUAGUAGUGGGCCUUCAAUUUCAUCUCACUAUAAUAUUAAGUACGAACUUGUCGGGGUCAUGCAGGGUUUUGAGGAUUCUGUUUGUCUGCAGUAGAGAAUCAUUUAGAGCUCCUUGUCUGAGCCUUAAAACAUAAUACAUUUAUGUCCGGAGUGUAUGUUUGACUGCAACACCUUUUAUCAUAACUCUGUAUGUAUAGCUUAUUGCCACUUGAUCAAUGAAUGUAGCAGGCAUAUUUUGAACAUGACAUGAUAACGAAUUAUGUCUGGUUAGAUUAGAUUAGAUUAGAUUAGAUUCUUGGAUUAAAAGUCUGGUUGUUUCAAUUCGGGUGGUAUGCUUCCUUGAUGCAUUAUAUUAUCUCACUGGUUUUACUAUGCUUCUAUCCGUUUAUAAGUGGUACUAGGUAGCACUUCUCAGAAUAGUUGUCUCCACUCUCCAGUUGAGGGACUAUAGUAUGUAGAAAGUUGCUUGCUCUUGACACAGCUUUAUUACAGACACCAGUGUCUCUCAACUUGGCUAUCCUUUAAGAUGGCAACUAAUAGCAAGUACAUGUUUCAGUUUCGUUUGAGUGGUAGCAAUUUAUGGACUUCUCCAUGUUCCCUAUUUGGAAAUGUGAUCCAUUCAGUUGUGUCCCCAUGUCAUGACUAAAGUUACUUUUUCUAAAGUGUUUUUGAAGCCAUGUAGGAAGGAGCUUUGGAUUGACAUUCUAAAAGGAACAUUUCUCUGCUUGCUUUUGCACCUUCCUGCAUCACAUCUACAUACUGUACUGAUCAAUAUUGACAUGCUUUGAUGGAAGUGGUGCUUCCAGGAACAGUUGUGUAUCGUUGGUUAUCUGAAACAGUGCUGCGACGCACUAUGGAUGUGUACGACUGGAAAAAGAUAAAAGAGGGUUGCAUCAGGAGAUAAGGUUCGUCUUCCCCAAUUAUAUGCUCUUGGUGGUUCCCGUUAUGGUACCACUCUUGCCCUUAUGCUUCUAUUCUGAAAAGAAAUCUCCGAGGGUCAAAAAGUAAAAAAAAUCCACAUCUUUUUCUCCAAGUGGCAAAAUUAAUUUGGUGGUAAUAUAUCUGAUUCACUUCUCCUAUGUUGAUAGUUUAAAUCCUUAUUGUAUUAGUUGACGAGGACUUCGUUUAUAGAAUGAUACAAGCUUCCUAAAGUCUUUGAGAUAGUUUUCUAUUUCUGGCAAAAUUUGCAAGCACAU